AGUAGUAUCCACUCGAAUUGCAUUCGCUCGAACUGUCAUUCGCUCGAACUGAAAUUUGCUCGAUUAAAAGUAAACAAAAUCGUCAAGUGUGAUAAAUUGUUUGACUAUGAAAUCACGUAUUUCACUAUUUUCGUGUGUUUUGUUACUUCAUAUAUAUGAAGUUUAUUCUGUAAACGUGCUUGUUAUUGUGGCUGAUGAUGGUGGCUUUGAGAGCCAAGUGUACAACAACACAAUUUCCAAGAUGCCCCACCUCACUGAGCUGUCAAAAAGAAGCCUUGUUUUCAAAAAUGCGUUCACCUCGGUGAGUAGCUGUUCACCAAGCCGGUCAUCCAUUCUUACUGGACUACCCCAGCAUCAGAACGGGAUGUAUGGCCUUCAUCAGGACGUCCAUCAUUUCAACACAUUUGAUCAGGUUAAGAGUCUCCCGUAUAUACUGAAGCAAAAUAACAUAGUACGCGGUAUAAUUGGCAAGAAACAUGUGGGCCCAGAGGCAGUAUAUCCGUUUGAUUUUGCACAAACAGAAGAGAACAAUUCAAUUCUACAAGUUGGAAGAAACAUCACUAGGAUCAAAGAACUGGUAAAACAGUUUUUCGAUUUCACUGGGUCAUCACCUUUCUUUCUCUACAUUGGCUUCCACGACCCACAUCGCUGCGGUCACACUCAUCCAGAAUACGGUCAAUUCUGCGAGAAGUUUGGCACUGGAGAAAAAGGUAUGGGUCUGAUACCGGAUUGGAAACCAGUCGUGUAUGAUCCGUGGACGAUAGAAGUGCCUUAUUUCAUUCAGGAUACUAUUGAAACACGGAAUGACCUGGCUGCACAGUAUCAGACAAUUAGUAGACUGGAUCAAGGCAUUGGAAUUGUGUUGAAUGAACUGAAAGAGGCUGGUCAUGAUAAAGACACUCUGAUCCUCUACACCUCUGAUAAUGGCAUCCCGUUCCCAAGCGGCCGCACCAACUUCUACGAACCAGGAAUGGCUGAGCCCAUGCUGCUAUCUUCACCAUACCACACAAAACGCAAUGGUCAAGUCAGCGAAGCAAUGGUCAGUCUACUGGACAUCACUCCAACUGUACUUGAUUGGUUCAGCAUAACCUACCCAAAAUACAGUAUUUUUAGCAAAAAUGAAACAGUAAAAUUAACAGGAAAAUCUUUAUUGUCAGUGUUAGACAAAGAACCUGUUGCGAAUUUUAGCGAAGUUUAUUUGAGUCAUAAUAUUCAUGAGGUCACAAUGUACUAUCCAAUGAGAAGCAUUCGUACUGAACAAUUCAAGUUGAUCCACAAUUUAAACUAUAAGAUGCCGUUUCCAAUCGAUCAGGACUUUUUUCUUGCGCCAACAUUUCAAGAUUUACUGAAUCGCACUCGCAACCAUGAACCGACAUAUUGGUACAAGAAACUGGUAGACUAUUACUACCGCAGUGAAUGGGAGCUCUUUGAUAUUAAGAAUGAUCCGGAAGAGUUAACAAAUCUUGUGAGCAAACCCGAGUAUUCUACCAUUUUAGAAUCAUUAAAAAAGAAGCUUGUAUCCUGGCAACACAAAACACAUGACCCUUGGAUAUGUGCGCCUCAAGGUGUGUUGGAGGACAAAGGCAUGUACAAAGAUAACCCGCAAUGCUUUUCAAUGGAUAAUUGUCUUUAAGUUUUGUAAUUCUGAUGUAAAUUAUAUUUUUUGGCAUUUGUUAGCUGUAGCUCAGUUCUGUCAUAUGCUGAGCUAAGAAGGCAGAGAUUCAAGGCUGUGGACAAUGGAACUGCCUUCUGA